AUGAUCAGUCUCAUCACACAUCUCAUCGUCAACCAUUCAUAUCCCAGCACCCACACGCCGUCGAAGAAGCCGCGACACGAAACUGCCGCCGUCGCCGCCCUACCCGCGAUAACCUCUUCCCCCCCCACCAAAACCGACAUGAUCAAAUACCAAUACCAGCCUCACCCAUCUCAUCGUCAAGCACCCCACUUAGCGCCGGCACCACCCCCCUCCCCAUCAUCACCACCCACUCCUCCAGCUUCCCCAUCUCUGCGCCCAGCUCUCCCGACCCCCCCCCAAAAGGGGCCAUCACCCCAUGACCGCGUGCGACUCACCUGA